GUCCAUAUAUAUGCCUGAUACCAUGUCAUCAUUAUUAUUGUAUUACUUAAUUAACUCAUCACUAAUGAGUCAUUAAGGUCAGAUAUUGUCAUUCACUGUCUAAUAAAACAUUGAAAGCUAGGCUCAACCACGUUGAAAGCUCCUUUCUCAACCAGAUUGAAAGUUAUCUUGUUUCACGAAGUCCAUAUAUAUGCCUGAUACCAUGUCAUCAUAAUUAUUGCAUUGCUUAAUUAACUCAUCACUAAUGACUCGUUAAGGUCAGAUAUUGUCAUUCACUGUCUAAUAAAUCUUUAUUUAAUCGUAAGCCCAUCAUUAUUCAUUAGCAAAAUGAAAAUUUAGAACUUCCUGGAGCUUGAAAAGAUUGGACUGUUUUGUUACCCACUUCUACCCAUCUGCUGAUUGAUUAUUUCAAAUUAAUAUUUUUUUAAUCCAGGUAUUCUGUUAUUCAAACCGAUUAAUUUUGAAGAUGAUCGAUUUGACCCCACAGAAAUUUUCUACCAACCAUUUAGGUAAAUCAGAAAACGGUAAUAGAGGUCCAUCCAAACUGAGAGCAUUCUUAGGUCCACUUCUCAUUGGAGGUCAUAGUUAAAAUUCGAAUCUUAAAUCUCUUAAUUAUCCGUUAAAGGGUCUAAUCAUUGUACCACUGACCCGGGACCAAAUUAACUUGUUAAUUGUGUAUCAAGUGGUAUACCGAGAUUAAUUUGCUUGAUAAUCCUAAUUAAACUCAGGUCUUGUUUCAAUUAGUCAUUUAAGAUUUGAUAUAUAUCUCGGAUCUUAGUUUCUAAAAAUAAAAACAAAAGGAAAAUAUUGAACUUUAGAUUUACUAAAUAAUAAUAAUAAUAAUAAACCAGGUCGAGCAUAACAGAUGUUUUUUAUAUUUCAUCUUUUUCAAUCAGUCAACCAAACAACUUGAUUUAAAGGAAUUAAAUUACUUAAACAGUAAAAGAAAUAGUAGAAAAUAAUAUAAAGUUUUGGGACAUAAAGUAUCACUGCUCAUAUAAUAUAAGUGGACUUAAUUAACUGAGAGAUGUACGAUGAUUCCGUGUUUCUAUUAUUUUUCGAUUCUAAUGUUGAUAUACUGCUGAAGAGAGCGGAUUUGCAGUUCAUAGGAUGGAUCAUUAUAUUAAUUGGCUGAUUUAAAUAAAUCCUAUCUAUUUAACAGACGAGGUCUAUCCAAAUCAGCUAAUUAAUUCUUAUGGUUCAUCCUUAGUCCGUAAAAUACGGACUAGAGGAUUCCGCCUUUCAGUCUUUCAAACAGUGACAAACCCAUUCACCAGAGACUUUCCGCUCUAUCAACGUCAUCUUCUAAAGGUGUUAAAUAUUAUAACAUAGUUUGCAGCAACUCGGCUCAAAGAACACGAUAAUAUAUUGCAGGUUCAGGCAACGCAAAUCCUUAGAAUUCCAUGGCGAGGAUGCAGCUCUUUCUUCUACACUACAUAGUACUAGCAGAGACAUUCUUUCUACUUGGCCGAUCAUCCUCUGCGUUGACAAAUUGUCCCAAUGCUCCGUGGCCGUCUUCCAAACAGUGAGAAAUCCAUUGACUAGAGAUUAGAGUCUCUUGUUCUAUCAUCAUCUUCUGUGUUGCAAAUGGUGGAAUUAGUACUAUGCCAAUUUGCAGCCACACACUCCUUUGAAGUAUUCCAAACAGAGACAAAUCAGUUGACUAGAGACUUCCUGCUCUAUCAUCGUCUUCUAAUUUCUAAAGCAAUUCUGCGUAAAGAACAGAACAGUAAUUGCAGGUGCAGACAACGCAAAUCCUUAAACUUCCAUGGGGCGGAUGCAGCUCUUUCUUCUACAGUUCCUGGAAAUAGUACUAGUAGAGACAUUCUUUCUACUUGGUCAAUCCUCAUCUGGAGAACUUGUAGCACAAUUUGAUAUAAUGGCGGGGAAUAGCUCACUUAUCAAUAACCAAACAUUGAUCUCGGCGGGGAGCAUGUUCCAACUCGGCUUCUUCAGUCCAGUUAAUAAUUCUGCGACUGCAUACAUAGGAAUUUGGUACUACAAUCACCCACCAAGAGAAAACAAAGUAGUAUGGGUCGCCAAUAGGGACAAGUCUGUCGACGCAUCCAUGGCAUCGUUAAACCUGACUUCCGACGGAAAUCUAAUUUUAUUUGAGGAAGGAACAAAGGUUUGGUCGACGGGAACAUCUGCAGAACUCAAUUCUGCACGCUUGCAGCUUUUAGACUCUGGAAACCUCGCGCUAACUGCAGGCAACUCUAACAGAACUGUAUGGCAGAGCUUCGACCAUGCGUGUGACACUAUUCUCCCUGGCAUGAAGCUGGGAUUCGACUUCCGGACCAACACUCCGUGGCAGUUCGUGUCAUGGAUGAGUGCCACGGACCCUUCUCCGGGCAAGUACAUCGUCAAGAUGGAGACAUAUAAGGUUCCGGACUUUUUGAUACUGAGUGUGAAUGGAUCUGCCAAACUCGGCCGCACUGGGCCAUGGAAUGGGCAAUGUCUUAGUGUGAUCAAGGCCCUGGGAUCUGAGAAAUCGAAGAACGGCGUCAGCCUUCUCGGCGGACCGAAAACGAGGGAACGACUUGGAGACCUUGGAAGCAUCGUCGGCGGAGAACCCGCAUGCAUUCAUGAGGUAUUUUGGGAUUAUCCAAAUACCGUAAGUUCAUUUCUCAUUUUAUCUUUUCCAAAAAUCGUUGUGUCUUUGUCAGUCCUUUUGAUUUUUGACGGGCGAGAGUGGAAUUCUUUCUUGUCACUUCCCAGAGACGACUGCGAUAACUACAAUAGUUGUGGCAACAACAGUGUUUGCACCAAGGGCUACUACUCGAUCUCCUGUCGUUGCUUGGAAGGGCUUGUGGAGAUCGGAAGUGUCGUCGGGUGCAAGAGGAAGGAACCCUUUCGUUGCUCAUCGAACCAGUUUCGGAAGGAGCCGAGCGUCAAGGUGCCCGACACUGAGAACGCAACCUCACGAGGCAAGAUUAGUCUGGAAGCGUGCAAUAAAUUGUGCUUGGAUGAUUGCUCCUGCGUCGCUUAUGCGGUGAUCAAUGGGCCUUAUGGCUGCAUAACUUGGCGCGGUGACCUGUUGGAUCUCAGAAGUUUUCCCGAUGGAGGAGACGAUUUGUACAUUCGGCUUCAAGGUAGUCGAGUUAUGCAUGCAUGA